AUGCCUCGCAAGAAGUCGAGUGAAUCCCCAGCCCACCUUUCUGCUAACCUGAUGCCUGUUGAAGAUCCUUCAGUAGAAUAUGCAGAUGGAGAAAGUAGCCCACAUCCCGACGGUGUUGCUGAAGAUGACGUGAUGGGAGGACCAAGUGGCCGACAACCCCAUGCCAAGAGGAGAUGUCGUCCCAGCAAGAAAGACAUACCAAAUUACAAGUUUUUAGAAGAACAAGAGAAGGCUGUUGCGGAAUUCGUUCACGAACAUUCGGCCUUAUAUGACAAGAAGGACAAACGAUGGUGCGACCCCAAGUUCAAGGAGGCCCUGUGGCAAGAGGUGACAGAGACGUUCCCUGAUUAUGACGACACCACCAUCAAGGAUCUUCUGAAUGAAGCCAAGAAGAUCAUGGAGAGGAGGGAAACGACAGGGGUGGAGGCUGAAAUUCAGGACUUUACCACGUACCUCUGCUCCAGGCUUCGCAAAGUGGCGCGAAGGAAUCACAAAGUUCUGUUUCCCCAGAUCCUGGAGUUAGUGUCACUGUUGGAGGAGGAGCCUGGUGAUGAGGUUGGGGAAGGCAAAAUCGACGGUGAGAAGGUACUGUCUCGACACUCCACACCACAGCAGCCCGCACAGCCUCCACAGCAGCACUACCAGCCACCACAGCAGCAGUAUCAGCCACCACAGCAGCUCUACCAGCCACCACAGCAGCCAGCACAGCCUCCACAGCAGUACCAGUCACCACAACAGCCCGCACAGCCUCCACAGGAGCUCUACCAGCCACCACAGCAGUACCAGCCACCACAGCACCCCGCACAACCUCCACAGCAGUACCAGUCACCACAGCAGCCAUACCAGCCACCACAACAGCAGUAUCAGACACCACAGCAGCAGUACCAGCCUGUGUAUACUGUGCUGUCAACACCAAAACAGCAAAUACCUCCUAGCCCUGCUCCAGCUCCUGCAGCAGCAACUGUGACUACCAACCCUUCGCCCUUCACAUUUCCUGUUUCGCUGGAAAUGAUGGUACCCUCCGUCAAGUCUCCCAGCGUCGCUAGUAUCUCUUCCUCCAAGUCCGUCCUGGAGACACCCAAGGUGACCAGACCAGUUGACAAUCUUGACAGUGAUGAGGACGACGACUAG